CAGAAAUAGCCGUAAUCUUGUGUUAUCGUCGUCUUGGUGACGCUGAACACCUAGAUCAGUCGGAUGUGGACUCUUGAUAUUCUAAGCUGUUUUCUCCUCAGUUCGUGACUGUUUUGACUAUUUUUGAACACCGAGGAUUUCAAACGUUUUUCCAAAACAGAAUUUUCCAGUCAAUAGCGUGUGAACCUGAGACAGGUCGGCCAAAACAUUCCGGAGCAAAACAUCAGACAGAGUGUCGUGAGCGCCUUGCUGGUUCUCCUCUCUCCAUUUGUCGAUUGGAUCAGAAGUAACAAAGCUGCACAAGACAUUUUGUACUCAAAAUUCAGAGAACCUACAUCACCUGUAUUACCAUGCCAGAAUUUUGAUUGGUUUUUAAGCAACUACAAAAGUCUGACGUUUCAGAAUAGAAGUUUGCAAAAAAGAAUUGUGAAGUGAAGUACAGAGUGUCGUUUAUUUCACCCUUGUAUUUGAAUAUCUAGUGUUAUAAUUUCAUGAACUAAAACAGUUGACAUUUGACUCAUUCUCAAGUUUGGAAAGUUUUGUGAAAUCUACAAAUUUGAAAUUUGACACCCCAAAUCCAACCUUUCAAAAUGACGGCUUCGGAGGACGAAUUGGCGUGUCUGAUUUACAACACGACUUAUGAACGUCUGUCAUGUCUGAAUGACGUCAAGGCGAGGCUGUACCUGCCUGUCACGGUGUUCAUCGCGAUCCUCGUUGUCAUUGGGGCCAUCGGGAAUACCACGGUCUGUCUGGUGUACUGGAAACGUACCUCCCGUGCCUCCUCUCACUACUUCAUCCUGUCCCUGGCCGUCCUUGACCUUGUGACCUGUGUGGUCGGUAUGCCUACUGAGAUCGCCGAUCUGGUGCUGCCCUACACCUUCCAGUCGCCACUAGCUUGCAAGAUCUUACGUUUUACCCAUUCAACGACCAUCAUCGCUAGCAGCACCAUUCUGAUACAGGUGGCCUUCGACAGAUACUACAGAAUCUGUCAGCUGGGCCGUCAGUUCACCGCCAACAAGGCUCGGUUCUUGUGUUUCGGCGCCGUCGUACUGGGCCUGCUCUGUUCCUGGCCGUCGUGUCUUCUCUUCGGCAGGAAGACAGUGACCGUUCACAUCCGCGGCUACAUCCUCCGCGGCACGGACUGUUCCACCGACGACUCGAUGCGCGGCACCAUCUACCCCGCCAUCUACUACGCCUUCCUCUUCACGCUCUUCUUCAUCACUGUGGCCUUCUUUGCCGUCCUCUACUCCAAGAUCGGACUCACCAUCCUGCACAGGAAGCGGCUCAGUGUGGGCUCCAGCAGUUCCGUGGUGCCCAGGGCCGACCACCCCGAGGUCAAGAAAGUGACGAUGCCAGAACCGUCCAGCUCGGACAUGUCCUCCGGUCAAGAAGACGGCAACGGUCACUCGACCGCAUCAUCCACUCUGAGCCACACAAGCCACCCCCAUCAGGUGAUGAGCAACAUGCAGAGAAACAUAGCGAUCGGUGCCUGCCGCACACUCGCCCUCUCCACCGACAGCCUCAAGCUGCCGGCACACAGCGGUGCCUCGGAAAAGAAGCAAAGCCCUCGAUCACCUAACAAAUUCAAGGGUUUUCUCUUUCACUUCCACCACAAUCACCACAACAGCAACCGGUUCAAAGCCCAGCAACAAAAGCUACAACAGCAGCGGCAACAGCAACAGCAAGCUCAGAGUGGUGAUGAGGAGGAGCAGCAUUACUCUCAUUCUCGACAAGGCAGUGAAAAGGGUUCUCGUAACAAUUCGCCACGUCAGAUUCGAGUCGGCAAGACGACUACCGUUUUGUUCGCUGUCACACUGGCGUAUAUCUUGAGCUUCUUGCCCUAUCUUAUUGUCAUGGUAAUGAGAAGUCUGAUCAAAGACUUGGAGGCCGGCUUGAGCCCUCUUGGAGAGCUGGCUUAUAAAUUUUGCGUGAAGUCAUUCUUCAUCAACAACGCGAUAAACCCACUGAUUUACAGCUUUCUGAAUCAAUCGUUCAGGCAAGAUGCCAAAGUUAUGUUCAGAAGACUUUGCAGUAGAUCCAGAGUGCUCCGAUGAUCACCAUUCGUGAAAGACAUUUUAAGCAAAAUGGUUUUAUGCCAAAAGGACAGGCCAUCCUGCUAGUGGUACCUUCGGCCUUUGGAAGAUUUCGGUCUUCGUGUGGCAGCCAGAAGACACGAGUUCGAUUUCGACGUGAGGGAAGUAUGUUAUCGAAUAUCUUGGUCCGUCUAUUGGAAUGCAUCCCACUCAACUCUGGUUGUCUCUUUCUGGUAGCCAAAGGUGCCCGUCUCUAAAAUAUCUAAACUGUGUCCACAAGGGCAUAGAAAACUCUUUCAAAAAACCAUAACAAUUGGCUGUGACGAAGAGCAGACAGAGAGAACAUUCCAAUCCUUGACCUGUAAGUGGAACAACGUGCUGUGUCCCUCACAGAAGUUAGACAUUGGCCAUUUUCCGUGGGUGUUUCGUGAAUUUACGACUUUCGUGCUCAUGACGAAGGGAGGCCUAACGAAAGCAUUUAAUAUAUUAUUUUAUCAGAGAGAAGUGUGUUUCGUUUAAGGUAUCAAUUGUUGUCAACAAAAUCCAAACUGGUUAGAUCCUUUAAACGGCCAAAUGUAUACUAAGUGGUUAUAACUUGUAAUGCGUGUAAGGCUGUGGUUGACUGACCUCUGUAAACAUUUACAUCUAUGUGACCUUUCGCUGUUUCGACUUGAGCCUUAAGCUGACUUCAACAUAGAUCUUAUCUUUGCUGGUUAGGAGGACAACCUCGCUUGACUUGCAUGCCUUUUUCAAAGGAAUGAAGAAAGAAAAAUGACCAUGGUGAAUAUGGAUCAUAUUGUUUCAGAAGGCACUUACUAUAAUAUUAUGAAAAUAAAAGCAAAGAUGUAUUUUUAUCUUAAGAAAUUACACACUCCUGAAAUAACUUCCUUCAGAAUAUGAAAAGUUUUGGUAUACAGGCCACUGUUGAGACAAUUACUGUGACUCCUUAGCUGUCCCAGGUGUGUACUUUUGUGUGGUUCUAAAGAAACAAAAAAAUGGGUGGGAUUGUUUAAUUCAGAAAUUUCCUUUGAAUUGUUAUCGGAUUACAGAGACAUGCGAGAAAUUCUAUAAUUUUCUACGUAGGUGUGUGCCUUUGUAAAGAUGCAUAAAAACGUAUGGAUUAAAAAAGGAAGUUUACUGACAUAGUUGUAAAAGAGACGAGGGAGAGAGAGAGA